UCAUAUUAUUUGACAUUUUGACAUGCCACCACAUUUUAUGAUUUUUAAAAAUACAUAUUUUAUAAUUUUACAUGAUUAAUAUAGAAAGAAUUUUUUGAUUCUUAUACUUUGUGCAAUGGAAGAUUCCGAAAUAAAAAAUGAAUUAUUGAAAGAAAUACAGCGGAACAUUGAUAUAGAACAAGACAAGAAUAUUACUUUACAUUUGUUGAAGAACAGAAACAAAACUUGUUCAGUAGAAAAAAUGAUUGAAGAGUUGAAUUUGGUGCCCUUCCAAAAAUAUUUAUACAACAAAUAUAGCACGCUUAAUACUUCCGAUGAAAAGGAAUAUGAAAAUAAUGAAAUUGUUUGGCAAAACUUGACUGAAGAUGACAAUUAUGAGGAAUUAUUAAGUAAUUUGAGCCAGUGUUCAUUUUUGUCAUCUGAGAUGUUAGAUGAAUUAUUGAAAAUUAAUUAUAUAGAUACUAGACAUAGUAAUUGGCAGGAUAUAUCAUAUAAGUUACAAGAAUGCUUUUCCUCGCCAAAUUAUGAUCUCUUCUUGCAAAGUUUGAAGUUGCAUUAUAAAAUGAUAAUUACUCAGAAUUGCUGCAUUGAUGGAUAUUUAAGUCUUCUGAAAGCAACCAAUAGAAUUGUGGAAACUCAUUUUAUGGAAAAAUUUGAAGAGGACAAUUUAUCACUUGAUAAUAGGGUCUUAUUAUGCAUUAAGGUUAUUCUCAGCUCAGAGCUUUUUAUGUUGCAUAGUAUUCAUACUGGUAACAAUCAAAUAUUAGAAGAUAUUGUUGAUAACCUAUUCUCACUGUUCAGUUUUCAAAAAAAUAUUCAAGAUAAACAGAUAGUAAUUCUAGAUUAUAUCAGCUUCAUAGAUGAGAAAGCUGAGUGGUUUAAAUACCUUUGCCUAUCUGGCUUCACAAGAAUCUUCAUUUUUAAGAAAAUGGAAAAAUAUCAAAAUCUUGGGAAGUUGAUUUUCGAGAAAUUUUUUAUACCUUUAAAUGAUAACUUAUCAAAUAUCGAUAACAAUCUAGAAAAAUCUAUUUACACUCAUAGCUGCUACUUUUUAAUUUAUUUUUUUAAUAUCCAAGAAAAUAUAGAUGAAUUUGAAUUAAAGAUUCAUGAUACUAAAUCAUAUAAUUUUUCACAUUUGAUUACAUUGAUAAAUUAUGCUAUACAUAAUCAUAUUUCUUCUGAAAUUAAGGCAAUUUUAAAGAAUUUUAUAAUCUUAUUCUUUCAAACAAACCCAUUCCUUAUAAAUCAGGGUAUUUUGGAAAUAUUAUUUAAGCCAUUCGAAAACAUUAUCAGAGAUAAUUCUUUGACUGUGAUCAAUAAAAAUGCUUAUCUUUUCACAUUGAUACAAUUUACUGUACAAAAUAAUGAAAAGAUAUUAACUGAUGGUUAUUUAUAUAAUAGGAGAAAAUAUAAGUCUACUUUUAAUUUUGGAUCAUCUGAGAGGGGUACUGUUUCUGCAUCUAAGAAUUUUGUUAAUCUGCCGCAACUUAUUGUUGAUAUUACCAUUUUAAUGCUUAGGAAUUAUAUAAACACUAGUGAAAAAAAGCAGUCUGUAGAUGAAAAUACUCUACUUUUGCUAGAAUGUUCUGAGAAAAUAUUCAAUUCUCAUCCUGUAUUUUUAUAUAACUCAAUGACUUCAAAAUUUAUAGUGAAUUUAUUGAGUUUUUAUAAAGUCUUGAAUAAUUUUUCAACUACUAAACAGGAAAUAGAAAAAGUUUUAAAUAUAUUUAACUUUUUCUUCAAAUAUCAUUCAAAUAUACUAAAAUUGUUAAAAGAUAAAACAUUUAUAAUUAACAUCUUGAACAGUGUUAUUUCGAAUAAAAUAGAAGUGAGUAGCUGUAUAAUAUUCAACAAUUUCUCAAAUGAAAAUUCAAUUAUGAACGAGUUGCAUAUUCAACUUCAUUUGGCGACAAUAAGUUUUUUAUUGAGUGCGUGGAGCCAAGAAUGUGGUGGAGUUUUUGAAAAUAUUUUGAAGGAAGAAAAUUUCAUCGAAUUGCUACAGUUUCUUUAUGGAAUAUCACAUAGCACAAAUUUGAUCAGAAUGUUGGUUGCUGAAUAUCCAAAUAUGAAUUUCAAAAUGAAGAGUGUUGUACCAAUCUUCAAUUUGUUGAAAUUAUCAACUCAGAAUUGCAGAAAUUCCCUUGAAACUUAUACUGGAUUACACAUUAUAAAAGUUCUUAUAACUAAUCUUGAUGGGUUAGUGUUACUUCAAACAAAUUGUGACUUGAAGGAGAACCUUCUUAAAUUAGAAAAUGAAGACUCCGACAGUGAAGAUGAAGGUUCAAAUCCUAAUGGAUCUGAUAUUAUCCGAAAACAUCUCAUGCUUAAUAUUGAUUACGUUGGAUAUCCUAAUAAGGUGCUGAAUGAUUCUGAUGAUUCAUUACAUCAUAAUAAUUUGAGUGGCACGAAAUUUUUGGGAAUGAAGUGUUUGCAUAAUUGUGAUCUACAAAAGUUUCUACAUAACACUAGAUCAGCUCUACAUGACCACAGUUGGAUGAAUCAAGUUAAAUCCUUGUUCUAUAAAUUCUGUUCAGAAGGAUACAAAGUUGGUGUGGUGUAUGAAAUCAUAAGUCAGUGCCCAAAACAAGGAAAGAUUACAAAAGUUUGGCCCGAAUCUGGAAUAAGCUUACCUCAGCUUCAUAAAGAGGAUAUUGUUGCUGUUUCAAUGAUAGUGAGGUAUGGAUUACAGAACGGAUUGUUGAAACCAGGUUAUAGACAUGAGGAAAAUUUAGCUCUCUUAGUCAAGCAGAGUAAAGUGUUUUUAGAAGAACGUUCUGAGGAGUUUAAUGGCUUUGACUGGUUUAUUGCCGUGUGCUUUUUGGUUUGCUCUGGCAAUAUCGAGAGAUGUAAAAGUUUUUGCAUUAGUAUGUCUCAACUUCCUUGCGUCAAUUUAGUUUGGUAUAAAUAUGGAAAGAAAUUUGGUGGUUCUUGGUUGGAGAACUUUCUUCAACACUUGAAUGUAUUGAUGGCAGAAAAUACUAUACUUUAUACAGCGUUGAAGAUGGUCAAUUUGAACCCUGCGAUGAUAAUCGGAAAAUGGCUAGGCCAGUGCUUUUUUGAUAUUCUCGAUUUCAGGGAAAUCUGCAAUUUCAUUUUAUUUUUAGUAUUAUCUCCUUUAGAAUGUUCUGUCUAUUAUAUGUUGUGUUUGUUCAUACACAACAAAAAAAGAAUUUGCUUGAUGACCCAUACUCCUAGUGUGAAAACUCUUCUAAACAUGAUAUCGUUGGAGGACUUCAAAUUAACCACUUACUUACCUAAAAUCAAUCAGCUUUCAGCAAGAUAUAGAAAUAUCAUAAAACUAUAAAGUAACAAUAAAGCACUUAUACAAUAUUUUA